AUGGGGAAUAAGAAGCAAAAGAAUAAGAAGAUGGACGGGUCUAGAUGGAAUUGUGGUGAAGACAACGGAAAGAAAGGGGAAGUUUGGAAGGAGUGUAGCCAGCCAGAAUGCUACACCCCUUCCAAAUUUGCUUGCUCAUGGAAGGAGGUAUACAUUUGUCAGAUCUUUUUAUCUCCGCGUGCAUCAAGUAAUAAACUCAGUGAAAGCAUAUUAUAAUACAUUAGAAAUAUCGACUGAUAACGCAAACACCACUGUCUUUUAAUCGGCUUUAACAAGUUGAAUUUAUAAAAACUGAUUCUAUGUAAGUUGUUGUAAUGCGUAUUGCCUUUUAUUUAUUCUGGUUAAUAUAUAAAACGCUAAACGGUAAUGAAAAAUCGUUUGAAGUAAAAGUGGACAUUGGUCUAUUAAUUAGUAAGUUGUUAUAAACAUUCUUAAACUGUUCUAAUACAAUCUGUCAACACGGUUUAACCUUGUUUUUGGAUAUGUCUUUGUAAACAUUGGCUUUAUCACUUUCAGCUAGGAGUUUUUAUACUGGAACAAACUAUAACCAACUCAGUAUAAGCGUUGACUUGAACGUUGCCGAUAUCACUUUAAUUGAUGGUGUUUGUUACUACACAGACUGUCAGAAGUUUUGUCAAACAAGUAACUUUCUUUUGGAAAUUUAAUUUUUACGUCCAAUUUUAAAAAAAAGUAUGCAAUAUGUGCUAUCACUACUACUUUUACUUUAUAUUUCAUAUAAAUCACCUUUCAAGUAAACUACUGCCACCUGUUCUGUAACCCACUUUGUUGCGCUUCUUCCGCGACAAUAGGUCGUCAAUGUGGCGUACAUGCAUUUUCUCCAUACAUGCACAACUCAACCACAUUUCAUGCUACAACACAAUAUUACCACAACCAAUGGGCAUCGCAUGUUUACGCAAACGAAGAUUUUAGUUUUUUAACAGCAGACAAUAAAUAUAUUCAUAUGCCUCAACAACGGUUUUUAUUGCAGUUGCUAUCGUCUUUAGACUACAUGAGUCACUUUGGUAGCAAUUUGAAUACGAUUGGAUUGGGCAGAAGUCGAAGAAGGCAGAACAUAGUACAGCAGUUGUACCAAAGUAAUGUAAUCUCAAGGCCGGUUGUUACAAAAACCUGGUUUGUAGACACACCGGUUCAAGAUGAAUACAUAAAACUACAUAAGCUUGUGUUUGGAAAACUCGACACAGAAUACUGUAGUGGAGGCUGGAGUUAUCUGACACCGGUAAGCGGCGCGUUUUGGAUGUUUGAUGGCUACGAGUUCUAUUUCUACAGUCUUCGGAAAGCAAAAAAGUAUCGAGUAAGCAAAAUUGUAAAAGGCGAGUUGCCAUAGCCUCAUUUUUACGUUUAAUUAUAAACAUAAUCAUAUUUUACUUUAAUUCAAAUAAUUUUCAGUUGAUGUUUUCCGAAAAGACGUAUACAGGCGUAUCGACUCAACACAUUAGUCAACUUGUGCACGACAAUGUCAUAAUAUCUAACCCAAGAAAUAAAAUGUUCUACUACUUACCGAACGCAACUGACAGUGAGUACAAGUGGGCUUUAGAAGAUAUUGUUGUUUCUUACAAUGCGACGAGAUUUGGUUCUUCUUUCCUACACAUCUCAGCAAUAGAACCAAAUCCCGAUGAUUUAGAAUUUAUUUUAAGUUACGACAUCUUUAAGAGUUAUUGUGUAGCCUUCGAUUAUGAAACGCAGCAAAUGUCUCUAGCAAAGUGUAACCAUAAAUUUUGUUUGGAUAAAUGGUAAUAUUGGUAUUUGUAUUAUAAUUAGAAGAUAAACAAUCAAUAGAGCAUUAAAAUAUUUUGCAAUAAUUUGUUUUUUAUUAUACGAAUUUUCCAACGACUUGCAGGAUGUAUUAACCAUUCUUCAAACGGUAAAAAUUACAAAUUCGAAAGAUAAAGUUUAGAUUAUGAUGUCGUAGAGUGUAACGUACUGUGUUGAUGUUCGAAAAUAGUUAAGGAAAUAAUAUCCGAGUCAACAAUAUAUUAUAUAUACAUAUUUAUUAUUAACCAAAGAUAUUAUGCUAAAUGUCAAUCAAAGCGAGGAAGGAAUGACCAACUGGUCCGGAGACAUGCUUUCUAAUUGA